AUGCCAUUAGUCUUCAAGUCUCAACUGACCUUGGACAGACAUCUCUUAGGGAAGAAGUCAUGGAACGUCUAUAAUGCCGACAACAUCGCGAGAGUGCGCCGCGACGAAGCUGCGGCCAAGGCCGCAGAAGAAGCGGAGGAGCAGCGCAUGCAGGAAAUCGACUCGCAGCACCGCUUGGCGAUCCUCAGAGGCGAAGUACCGCCACCACUGGAAAACGGUGUGACAAAUGGCCUGGAAGUAUCGCCAAAAUCAAGCAGGGAGGGUGGCCCAGAUCGUUAUAGGGACAUGCGGAGGAAAAGAAAGCGCCAUGGCGAGGAUGACACAGAUUUCGAACUACGUGUAGCAAAGGAGAGGACGGACGCCGUGAUCCAAUCACUGGAAUCAUCCCGACAACCAAAGAGCUCGGCCCCGAUAGUGGAUCGCCACGGCCAUAUUGAUCUGUUUGGCGACGAGAAGACCAGGGCCCACAGCGAAAAGAACCAGGAAGCGGAGCAGGAGGCACACAAGAAGAGGCGGGAAUAUGAAGACCAAUAUACGAUGCGCUUCUCCAACGCAACCGGCAGGCAUGGAACAAACAAUCCGUGGUACUCCCAAGCAGUAGCCGCGAGUCGGGAUGCGCCGCUGAAAGACGUCUGGGGGAACGACGAUCCAAGGCGCAGGGAGAGAGAUACGAAUCGUAUGGCCGCCAGCGAUCCCCUUGCCAUGAUGAAAAAGGGAGCGUCGCGGGUGAGAGAAUUGAAACAAGAGCGAAGGAAGUUCCAGGAAGAGCGAGAGGACGAGAUGCGUCAAAUGCGAAAGGACGAGCAGCGCAGGGAAAAGCACAGGCAGAGAGAGGAGCGUGAACACAGACGACGGAGCGCAUCACCCAAAUCUAAGAGGAGACGGCAUCGGUCUAGUGACGCGCAAGACGACAAGUAUGACAGAGACUGGGAGAGGGGGAGAAGAAGGGACAGGGACCGAGAGCAGCCACAUCGGCGCAACUCUCUUUCUCACGAGAGGGAGUCUCGUUGCCGCCAUCAUGAUUGA